AUGCACUUCACAGCAGCCCUUACGGUGCUUAGCACUCUGGCCACGCCUAUUGCAGCCCUUCCUACAACAGCACAAAGGGCUGCCGAUUACAAGAUCCCCGCCCAUUGUGGUUCAGACCCUUGCGCCGGCAUCACCUCCACAAACACCACCUAUGUCUGUGGUGACUACCGCCUGGGGCCCGUCAAGACACCCCGAAAGUUCCCCUUGAACAAUGAGCUCCGCACCUACGAGCGCUUCGGCGAGCUAUGCCCCGUCGAAUUCCUCAAAAAAUGGGCCGGAUCCAGCGAUUCUAGCGAUUCCUACGAAUAUCCACCGAGCAACGGAUUCGUCAUUAACAGUGCUGGUGCUGCCAUCUUGGGUAAUAUUACCCUUCCUGUGGAUCAGAAGCUCGAUCGUUUCGGCUCGGAGUACGGUUCAUUCCUCGCAGCCCUGGGCGCACCCUAUAUUGAGCGAUCCCUUCCCCCAAGCAACCUCAACACCUUUGAUGGCGACUACCCGUACAACUAUCACGUGUACCAAGUGACCAAGAGUUUCGAAGUCGGGUUGGGACCUAUCGCUCCGUGGUUUGAGCAGCCGGGUAUGGGAACCCAGUUCUUGGCAUACAUAAGUGUGAAGGACUUGCUGGCUGGUGGAUACCUGCGUCGUUUGACGCCAGAGGAAUAUGAUCAGAAGGUUGAAUAUGCCGAUAACUAUACGUCAGGACCGACUAGAUCCUCGACCUAA